GUUCAGCGAUGUGGUGAAACGGCCGUUCCGCUUGGAGCCAGCUCCUGCCUGAUAGGAGACCAGCUGGAGAGCCUGGCCUUUCCUCUGCUGGUACCAGAGCAAGGCAUCAAAAGUGGAGGUCCGCCAAGUGGACCCUUUCUUCACCUGGAGGAUGGUGCAGGAAGAGAUGUCACCUGGAUCAUUUCCUUUGGCUGAGCCGAUGGACCUGGACAUAUGGGAGGACAUGGAAAAUGGGACGAGUGUGGAAGAGUUCAUCCUUCUUGGCUUCCAAGGCACGUGGCAUUUCCGGGUCUCCCUUGCGGUGCUAUUUGCCCUGAUCUACUCCCUGACAAUAAUGGGCAACACAUCCAUCAUAGCCCUCGUGUGGACAACCAGGAAACUCCAGACGCCAAUGUACUUUUUCCUCUGCAAUCUCUCCUUUCUGGAGAUCUGGUACACUACGGGCGUUGUUCCCAAAGCCAUAGGAGUCCUGCUGGGAACAAGCCAGACCAUCUCCUUCCGUGUCUGCAUCCUCCAGUUAUUCUUUCUUUUCUCCCUGGGCUCCACUGAGUGUUUUCUCCUGUCUGUCAUGGCCUAUGACCGCUACUUAGCCGUGUGCUGCCCCCUGAGGUACAGCUCCCUCAUGAGCAGGGGCCUCUCUGCUCGCCUGGUGCUCGGCUCCUGGCUGGGAGGCUUUCUGGCCAUCUCCCUGCUGGCCUUCCUGACCUCCAGGCUGACGUUCUGUGGGCCGGAUGUCAUCAAUCAUUUUCUCUGUGAUAUCGAUUCCUGCCUCGCCCUCUCUUGCAGUGACACGUGGCCCGUGGAGCUGGCAAGCUUCCUAGUCUCCAUCGUUGUUGUGGUGGCCUCCUGUGUGGGCACCCUGGUCUCCUACGCGUUCAUCAUCUCUUCCAUCCUGAGAAUCCAGUCAGCCCAUGGCCGCAAAAAGGCCUUUUCCACUUGCUCUGCCCAUCUCGGUGUCGUCACGAUCUGGUACGGCUCCACCGUCUUCCUGUAUGUCAAGCCAUCAGCCCACAACUCCCUGGAGCGGAACAAACUCGUCAAUACCUUCACCACAGUUAUAACUCCUCUGUUGAACCCCUUCAUUUACACACUCAGGAACAGAGAAGUGAAGGAAGCUCUGGGGCGCGCUUUCCACAGAAAGUGAAGUGGCUUUGCAAGGGCCUCAGUGGGAGCGGAGAGAUUCACCCCAUCCCACCCAUCCCCGCUGCCCUGCACAAUCUCUCACCAAAGCGCACGCGCCCCUGGGCAUCACAGGGCAUGAGAAGCCACCAGUUCCCCCGGUGCUCCUCUCACCCACCUUACAGCCCUCUUAGGUGGGGCUGAACUCCAAUUCUCAAUCCCCCCUUCCCUCUCUUUGCUCCUGGGUAAACUCCAAAUGCCUCACAAUGUUCAAAAGAGCAGCGCUUGGGAAGGGUCACCAACCCCCCCAGGAAGGGUUCUCCAAGCAGACACGGGAGCAGUGGUUCCUCCCUCGGGUUUGUGUUCCACUUUGCUCAGCGCUUCACUUUGUCAGGGAUUCACCUGAAUUGCCGGAGCGAUCCCAGCAGCUGCCCCACUGCUUUAGGAAAGGGCCUGGGUUGCUCUACUCACUCUGACCUUUUCGUGGUGCAGCCGUGCCGCGUUCUUGUGGCAGUUUCACCAAAUCCUGCUCUGGUUCCAGGUAGAACUGGCAGUGUCUGGCACCUCUCCCUUUGGCUGUUAUUCCCAGCAUAAGACACUCAAUAUCAUUUACAUUCCUCUCCCUUCCCUCGAUCCAGGCUCUGAAUGUACUUUCAAAUUUGUAAUUAAACAUAUGCAAAUCACUCUUCCAUGCUGGAUGUGCCAGGGCAUUUCCACCUCUCAAAUCCUGCACCAGUUUUUAACCGUCCAUUGUUCCACCACUCGGGGCUUUCUUGUGGAAACCCAUUCCCGGGAUGGGCAAAGUCCCCAGAGCACAGGUGUCACAGCUCUUGGGGCUGCUGCCUGGGUACCAAGUCUCUCCUGACACACACUGGGAGGGUGUCAGCACUGCCAGAGGGCUCUUGUUUCCCCCCUUCCAAUGGUUUCCAUUGCAAAAGAGAGGAACCACAGUCUCAAAGCUCUUCUUCCUGCACACAGACAGUGAAGGGCGUCCACGGGAGCACUUGCUAGGGAGGAGACCUCAACCUGGCAGAGACCCCUCUAUGAACAGUGUGGGAUUGAUCUCAGGGGAGUGUCGGCUCUGCAAGGGAGAGGAUUGAGCCUGGAAGGAGCUCACAGCAUACACAGAGAGGGGACGACACAAAACUGUCCAGAAUUUCUCCCAAGGGCCGUGUUAGGCAGGAUGGGGAGAAAACCCAGCAGCAAACGUACGCACCUGGGGAGGCAAAACCAAGACAUAAUCGGGGUGAGCUUAGGACGGAGGGGAAGAGAAGGACUUGGCAUGUCCUCAUGCACCUGAGCCCAAGGGAUUCAGCUGAGAAUGGCUGGAGCUUCUGCCUGAGAUCAACACUUCCAACAGACCCACCAGAGUGACCCAGGGUGACGGCACUGCCUGUUCUGGACCUGACCAGCAUUGGAGCUGAGUCUUCUGCCAUAGGGCUGUGUUCCUGUUCUGGAAAUCGUGGGGCCUUUCAUCCCUGCACUCGGAAGAAGCCUUCAUUGGGGAAUGGGCAUGGAACAAACGUGAAAAUGAAAAGGCAUCCGUGGUGGAAACAAAAGUCCUGUCCAUGUCAUCAGCUGUGAUGGUUUGCAUUCUA